CAGGAUUUAGUAAGUAGGAAAGAAGCUAUGUAAAUUUCUCCGUUGGAAAACUCUGUCUUUAUUUACUUUUCUCUCGUUUUAAUUGAAGAUAUCAAAUAAAAACUUGUAUUGUGUGAAAAUAAAAAAAUUGAAAGAAACUACGUCCUUACGAAAUUAGGAGAAAUUCGGACUUGCAUAUGCUUAGCAUAAUUAACUAGCUAUAUUAUAUUGUUGUUUUUACCUAUAUCUCUUGUAGAUUAAGUCAAAUUCUGCGAUCGUGUGAGGUGCUGGUUUUGUAAAACAGUGAAUAUGUCUUCAAAUCAGUACGUAGUCGGAGGAAAGCAUGUUGAAAAGAGGCCGAGGAAUAUAAAGAGCAUAAAUUCAGUAGCAACCUGUGAAAAACACCGACAAAGUGUUGUUAAAGACCUUUCCAGAAAAAUUACCAAGAUCCAGAGUGCUCAAUUACCGGAUUAUCAAAUUCGAGAUUUGAACGAUGCUAUUAAUCAACUAAUGCGUGAAAAGCAUGCUUGGGAGGUUCAGAUUCAUGACCUCGGCGGAAUCAAUUAUUUAUAUAGCAAAGCAAAACUCUUUGCAGAUGAUGGUGAAAAAAUUGGCGAAGUUGAUGACUACCGCUAUUAUGGACGUGCUAGAGAAUUACCUGGUGUAAAAGAACUAUUUGAAGCUGAUAUGACUUUUGUACCUGAACGCUUACGGAAACAAGAGAUGCAACAACGACAGCUUGAUGCUUGGUACUACGGCUAUACACCUUUGGAAGAAGAAUCCUCACUACAAGACUAUGAGAAAGAAUUAUCUAAUCAACGGUUGGAUCGUAUAUCAAAAGAAAGACCCAAUUCUUUGGAGAAUUGGAAACCCAUUCUUAUUGAGCAUGUUCCAUCUCGCGAAGAGGUAGAAAAGAUUUUAUUGGAAAGACGAAAGAAUGCUUUGCUUCAUAGGCUAGUGUAACGAAUAUCUGUGUAUAAAUAAAGUAUAUUAGAUUUUGUAUAUCGAUUGAGUAUCUUACGCUAGAUAUCGUUUAUAUUGGCCCUACGUUUUUAUUUCCUUUAAAACAUUGGAGUAGCGACACAUCAUCACAUCGAUAGAUAAUUA